AUGUCCACAGCUCACAGACCGACAUGGGAUCCAGCUCAAGCAAAGGAUGUCAAGGGCGGCUCGCGCCAGUUCUCAGUACGGGAUAUGGCUGCACACACUAAACUUAAAUUCCGCCAAGUAGGACAAACGUCUGCGGGCGAAGUGAAGACUCGGGAUUUACGAGCCGAGCUUCUGGCAGCUGAGCAUGAGGCGAAGAACAAGAAACGCAAGGCGGAGGGAAAGCCGCCGUUGGCUGUAGAGGAUUCAGCGGCACCUGUUGUUGACGAAGAGGCGAAUAAGAGGAGGAAGUUGCUUCAGGAGGCGUUGGAAUUGGAUAAGGAUGAUGAUGAUGAGAAGGACGGCGAGGACUCGAAGAUGAAAGACGAGGAUGAUGAAAGCGAAGAAGACUCUGACGACGAGGAAGACGAUACAGCUGAACUUCUGCGCGAACUCGAAAAGAUCAAACGAGAAAGGGAAGAAGAGAGACUUCGCUUGGAGAAUGAACAGAAUGCGUCAGACGCAGCGAAGAGGGAGGCGGACAUCGCCACUUCGAAUCCACUGUUGAACUUGGCCGCGGCGCUGGGCCAGGAAACGCCACGGGGGGUGAAUACGACGGUUCCGGGGACUUUCCAGGUUAAGCGGCGGUGGGACGAUGACCUGAUUUUCAAGAACCAGGCGAUGACGCCAAAGGAUAAGGGCCAAGGCCACUUUGUCAAUGAUUUGCUAAGGACAGAGUUCCACAAAAAAUUCAUGGCCAAAUUUAUCAAGUAA